GAUCGUACCACAGAGCCUGCUCUGCUGCUGUGACCUGGAAGAACUCCUGACACUUCACAGACAGGUGAGGAAGAUGACGAUGAAGGGGAUUCUGGUCACUCUCUGCAUGAUCUUAACAUGUGGAGCUCAGAAGUGGAAAGAGGAAACCUCCCGCUGGGACCCUAAAGCAGAACACACGAAUGGUAAGACUUGCUCCAACCUCACGCAGGUGCUGGACAACUGGAAAUUUGCAAUACUAACCCAAGUGAAAGACCUGCUGAUCAAUGACCACGCCUCUGUCCUGCCUGAGUACAACAGGAUCCAGCCUCUGUCAAAUGCCCUGGGAGACCUCUACAGGGAGUUUAACAUGCUAAAGGACGAGCUAGGGAAGCUCACUGCAAAGUUUGACGGUGUGGAGGGUUUUGUGGACGACCUCAAGGAUGGCAGACUGGCUUUGCCUCAGCGGCCCAUAAUGAGGGUUCCCCCUGGCGUUGGUCUGAGGUCUCCACUGCGAGCGCAAAUGAGAGCUCAUGACAGGGGCAUUAUCAAGGGGCCAACAUUGCUCAGAGCAAGGAGGAGAGGGCCACAGAGACCUUAGACCUGUCAAUGCUGAUAUAUCAAAAGUUAAUAUGUAUAUAUAUUUUUUCAGGAGAAGAUGAUUAUAUGAUAACAUUGAAAAGCGUAUAGGUAUUUGAGUACAGGUUACAUAAAUAAUAAAUAAAGAAACAGUGGUGCAUGGUGUAGAAAAAGAAAUUUUAAAAGAAGUAUUUAUCAUUGCUUUUCCGUACAAAGUCACUUUUAACCACGAGGUGGCAGCAUCAAUCAGUUUAUCCUGACUUUCAUUCCACUACUCUGCAUUAAUAGCUGGACAUGGUGUAACAUUAUGACUGAAAAGGGAGUCUCAGUGUGAUGUAACACUGUACUUUUUUGCAUCAAUUAACAUUGUAAGACCAUUGUAUUUGAUCUGUUUACUAACCAAAUGAUUAUUAAAAACUGAGUUACAAGUUUCAGUAUUUGGUACACUGUAAAUAGACUCUAUCUUUAAAGCUACUAUGCAGGACUUUCCUGAAAAACAAUGUAUACUGAAAUAAUUCCUCUCCUCUGCUUUGCCCUCUGCCUGUAUUUUCUUAUUGUCUUCAUAUUUUCUGUUCAUCAUGGUUAUUGGCAUGCAGAAAAUCUCCAGGUAAAUACACCACCUCAUAAAUGUUGACUGAGAGGAAUUAAUUCACUAUAACUCUGUACAGUGUUUUUUUUUUUGUGUGUGUGUGUGUGUGUGUGUAGGAAAAACUUGCCAUACAAUAUUGUAAUAAACACUAAAAUGUAUAGAAGGUAACUAACCUAAGGCUUGGUUGAUAUAAUAAAAGGGCGUGGUUUUGUUAUGAAGAUUAAAUAUACAGAGACAACAAAUGCAUGACACACAUGGUACAUUUGUUACUACAUUUGAAGUGAAAUUUGAAAUUCUUUAUCACGUCUGACUCAUUUGCCAGGAUGUUACAAAAAUCAGAUAAAUCGAUCAAAUGAAACUGAGUUUUCAUUCUUCAUCAGUGAAGCAUCACCUCUCUACUCCUCCCUCCCUUCCUUCCCAGGAUGCACCUGCAGGCCUCCUCUCCUUAUUUAUAGCUCUAUGUAAAUGAAGAGGUCAAGUGUCUGCUCUCUUGAAAAUCUGACACAGCUGUGUCUGACAGGAAACACACUGACGUUUCGAAUAUUAACAUGUUGGUAUUCAGUUUACCUCUGAUGUGUUUGAAUAAUGUACAUGUAUAAA